GGAGGUUUUCAGAGAGAGCUCCACGUUUCAAUCACGUGUCAGUCCCUGUGGAGGGCGGCUUUGGUUCACGCGACCUCUCUCACUUCAUCGCCAAUUUGCUGUUGACUGUUGAGGUGGUGGAGUGUGAGUCGCAACUCAGAGGACGGAAUUCAAACGUUGAACUAAAGUUAUUAUGGCGACUUCACCCUCAGUGCCAUCAAGUGAACGGGUCCUGUUCUGUAGAAUUAUAUGCAAAGGAAACUUCUCCAAGUAGGCCUCCUUUCAAGUGCACUAUCAAAAGGAUGGAUCGCGCACCUCAAGUGUAGGAAUCUCCAUCUCCUCGAGCGCAGAACACCACCUUUGUUAUUUACUGAAGUUCCUAUGUAAAAUCAAGAGGGAAAUUGGUCAGAAUCUUAUUGAAAAUUAAGGUUAACCUUGAGACGGCUGUAGAUUUAUCUCCCUAUCCACACACCAGAGGAAGACGCUACAAUACACAGUAGACACUUUUCAAUUCUCUGCUGCUGCUUCACAGCCCACCUUUCACCAUGCUAUCUAAAGAGCACAACAGCGAGCCCAAGGUUGCCAAGGUUAACCUGUUCAGGAGAAGUAAUACCUGUAUGAAGACCGAGGAUGAGAAGAAAGGGAAGGAGAUCCAAUAUGAAGACCCCCCGGACGGUGGCUGGGGCUGGAUGGUCGUACUUCACUGCUUCCUGGUGAAUGUGCUGGUGAUGGGGACCCUAAAAAGCUUUGGGAUCUUCUUCGUGGCGUUUCAGGAUGAGUUCGGAGGGUCAGCAGAGAGUAUCAGCUGGAUUGGCUCCAUCAUGUCUAGCCUGCGGCUCUCAGGAGGUCCCUUGGCCUCUGUAGCUUGUGCGAAGUUGGGUAACAGAGUGACCUCUAUAGCCGGGGCUGUGCUGGUCAGUGUUGGCUUCCUCAUGAGUAUCUUUGCCACCAGCGUGGUAUUCCUCUAUAUCAGCAUGGGGCUGAUUGUAGGCCUUGGUUUUGCGCUCCUGUACCAAGCCACCUCAGUUGUCACGGCAACAUAUUUCCGUAAGAGGUUAGCGACGGCAUACUCCAUCGGAAGGUCUGGUAUGGGCUUGACCUUCGCCCUCGCCCCCUUCACUCAGCUGCUGCUGGAAAAGUAUGCCUGGCAAGGAGCUCUGCUGAUCCUGGGAGGCCUGAUGUUGAACCUGGUAGCCUCUGGGAUGUUGCUAAGACCUAUCCACGUGAAGCCUGCACCACCCCCUUCCUCAUCCUCAUCGUCAUUCAUCCAAAAAAGCCCUCUGAUAGGUCCAGAGAAGGAAAAGAACUGCCCUCAGAAUGGAUGCUGCCUUAACGGAUCCACGCCGUUAACCAAUGGCAUCGCCAAAUCAGACUCUUCCCGUUCCAUUCCUCCACCCCUCCACUGGGACACUGAGACCCAAGAGAAGGCCACGACCCAUGGGCUGGGUCAGAGCAACCACAGCCACCCACCUCCACCAAACCCUGAACUGACCAAACGUGUCCAGAACAGGCAGGUGAACGGGAACGUUCAGGAGCAGUCCCCCACCACGCCACUCACAGACACCCCCAGUCCUGUGGAACAGAACGGUACCAGUAGCAUAAAAGGUUCCGCUGUGGUUGGGUUCUCCUCGCCGAACGGCACCACCACCGUGGACGACCCUAUCCCACCGUUCGUGAAAAACCGAGUCCUGGACUUCUCCCUGUUAAAGAACCCCUUCUUCUGCAUCUAUACCUGGUCCCUGGUGUUUAGCCAGCUGGCUUACUUCAUCCCUUACUUCCACCUGUCUGCCCGGGCCAGGAACCUGGGCAUCGAUGCCAUGGACGCUUCCUUCAUCAUCUCUGUGGCAGGUAUCACAGAGACUAUAGCCCAGCUAGGCUCUGGUUGGCUAGCGGAUAAGAACCUGUUCCAUAAGUACCACUACCACAAGGCCUACCUGAUCCUGUGUGGAGUGGUCAACCUGUUUGCCCCGCUGGCUAACACCUACAUCCUGCUCAUGGUUUACGCUGUCUUCUUUGCCAUCUUCUGCGGCGGCUACAUGGCACUGCUACUGCCUGUCCUGGUGGACCUGGUAGGACAAGAGAAACUCAACAACUCCAUGGGAUUCUCUAUGUUCUUCGUAGGCCUCGGCUGUCUGACAGGACCUCCUCUCGCAGGUUUCCUGUAUGACUACACCCAGACCUACGACUGCUCCUUCUACCUGGCAGGGGGGUGUUACCUGCUGUCCUCUUUGUCUCUCUUCCUGGAGCCCGUGGCGAGGAGGUGGCAGAGCAGGAGGAAGAGACGCGAGGCCCGGAACGCAGACACCAGCUGGAAAACCAACGGUUGCUUCUGCCCCGAACCAGAGCUCCCUGUCUUGAAGAACAACAACGGCGUUGUCUAGAUGGUGGUUUCACCACAGCUUUCACAUUUGGUUCCUUGGAAUGUUCUGAGAAUAUUGUAUGCAAAAAUAACCAUAGGGCAAUCACCAUGCCUUAACAAUCACUACGGUCCUUAGAACGUUUUGAUCUAGCUGGGACAUUAUCGGACUCCCCAACUCUACUUCAUCAAGCCUGGAAUCAAGGCUAUCUAGAUGGAGGGAGGGCAGGGUUGGCUUCCUGCUCUUAAUAAAUGCUAGACGCUUGACGAUUAUCCAAAGUGACUUAUAGUACAGUGAGUACAGACAUUUUUAGUAUUUGGGAUCCUAGCUGCAAUCGAACCCGCGACCUGUGCUAGAGCCAUUGCUCCUAUUAACUGAGCGACUCAGAACUGUGUAAGAGGGAAGAAGGGGAGAGUUGACUGCUUCCACCCUUUCUCUCACUCUCCUUAAUAAAACAAGCAUGGACCUCCAUGUGCCGACUGUGCCAGUUGGACCUCCAUGUGCCGACUGUGCCAGUUGGACCUAAGUUACCCAGCUUUUGGAUGGGCUGUAAUGACCUUCCCCCUUUGGAGAAAGCCAAGGAAUACUCAACUGACUGACUGGCUGACUGGCUGGCUAACAGACUGACUGAAUGGCUGACUGUCUGGAUGGUUUGCUAACAGGCUGACUGGCUAGCUGACUGACGGACUGAGAUGAUGACCACAGCUAUAUGAAUAGUCUAAUAAUGGUUGUGGAUUGGUUGUGAAGACGUUCAUUCAGUCCAUAAAGAGAGACAGAAAACAGAUAAUCCUGUUUUGUAACUUUGAAAAUAAACCAAAUUUACACUUA